GCUUCCAUGACGGACAGCAGUUAGCAACAACACCGAGCUGAUGUUGGACUCUCUGUCCGCCAUGAUGUCUCACGGCUUUAAGAGCAGUAAGCAGGACUUCACCUUUGGACCCUGGAAAGUGACAGCAGCCAGGAACCACAUCAUGAAGUCCAAAGACAUUGAGCGGUUAGCCGAAGAGAUGAAUAUGCCCUCCCUACCUGAGAUGCUUUUCGGCGAUAAUGUUCUCAGAGUCCAGCAUGUGGACGGCUACGGCAUCGAGUUCAACGCCAUCGACGCCCUGAAGAGAGUCAACAACAUGGAGGAUGCCGUGAAAGUGGCGUGUGCUCAGGAGUGGCAGGAGAGCAGAGCGGACUCUGAACACUCCAAAGAGGUGGUGCGUCCGUAUGACUGGACCUACACUACGGACUACAGAGGCACUCUGAUAGGAGAUGGUCCUCAGAUGGAGGUGGCGAAGACAUCGGAGCGGAUUGACCUGGAGAAGUUGAAGGCUCGGGAGCAGAUCAUGUUCUUCGAUGAGGUUCUGCUGUUUGAAGACGAGUUACACGACCACGGAGUGUCCAUGAUCAGCGUCAAGAUCAGGGUGAUGCCAACCAGCUUCUUCCUGUUGCAGCGCUUCUUCCUACGAGUGGACGGAGUUAUGAUCAGGAUUAACGACACUAGGCUCUACCAUGAGGCUGGGAAGAACUACAUGCUGAGAGAGUUCAGCACGAGAGAGAGCAAAGUCACAGAGCUGAAGAAUGUUCCGCCGGCGUUGUUCACUGAUCCCAAUGAGAUCGCUCAGCAUCUGACCCUGAAGCUGACCGAGUGUGAGCGUCUGGAACUUCCCCUUCAUCCCUCAGCUGCCGAUGAAGAGUUGCAGUGAGCUGAUGAAGAGCUGCAUGAUGGAGAAACACACUCACAUACACACACCUACGUGUACAGUACAGUUUUCUAUGUGAGCUUUCUGUAGUGAAAUGUAACAUCAUCCAACUUUGGCCCAGUUUAACACUUUAAACACUUUGAAUGAAACAUUUCCCUCUCUGACAUAAAGCUCUGUAGGAAAGCUCCCAUGUUUGUAUUUUUAGUUUAUUAUUAACAUGUUUGUAAAAAAAAAACGUCACUGUUAAUAUGUGAAGUCAGUCAUCAGUGUGUCUGUAAAUACGUCUCCUGUAUUUUCUACAGUUCAAACUGCUUCAGAAUCUGUGAAAAGGUUAUGAAUAUGGCCAAAUAAAUUCAGUUUGUGUAAAGUA